CCGCUCUGAGGCCCGCCCGCGGGGCCGGCCGCCUGUCAGAGGGAGGUGGCGAUGGUGCGCUCGGUGGCCGCUACGGUGGCGACGGCUUCCUUGGUCGGACGGCAGGGAAGAGAAGAUGACUGACCGACCGACUGGAUGAAUGAAUGAAUGGCGGAGCCGAGCGCGCCAUGAGGAGCCUGCCGAGCCUGGGCGGCCUCGCCCUGUUGUGUUGCGCGGCGGCCGCCGCGGCUUCAGCAGCCUUGGCGGGGAAUGUCACCGGUGGCAGCGGGGCGGAGGGGCAGGUGGUCGCGUCGCCCACCUCGGGGCUGCGGGACCAAGCCAGCCACCCCUUCCCCAAGGCCGCGGCUCCCACGACGCAGGCCCCUCGGAGCGGCCCCACGCGCACCACAGUCGGCAGAGCCGGGACUGCGACCCCGGCAGCCGGCUCCCCGGAGACCACCCCUCUCCGCACCACCGAGCGACCCGCUGCCACCACCUUCCCGGUUCUAGGCCCCUCGCCCGCUACUCCUUCGGAGGAGGGACGCACUCCUGCCACCGAGCCACCACCCUCCAGCCCCGCGACCAGCACCCUUGAGAGCACAGCUGGCCAGGCGCCGACCACCCCCAUAGUCACUACCGCUCAGGCGCCCAGCACUCCCUGGACCCCGACCGCCGAGUCCCGGGACAGCAGCAGCGGCGUCCCGCCCACAGCACCUGCCACCGAAGCCCCUGCUCCUCCUCCCCCAGAGUAUAUAUGUAACUGUUCUGAGGUUGGAAGCUUGGAUGUGAAGCUCUGCAACCAGACAUCAGGGCAGUGUGAGUGUCAUCCGGGUUAUCAGGGUCUUCACUGUGAAACCUGCAAAGAGGGCUUUUACCUGAAUCACACUGUCGGUGUCUGCCUGCCAUGUCACUGCAGUCCACAUGGAUCUCUUAGUAUCCUCUGCAACAGUUCUGGGAAUUGCCUGUGCAAAGAGGGUGUCACUGGCUCCAUGUGUGACCGAUGCCAAGAUGGACAUUAUGGCUUUAACAAGACAGGCUGCUUGCCCUGCCAGUGCAACAAUCGGUCUGAUAGUUGUGAUGUCCUCACAGGUGCUUGUUUAAACUGCCAGGAAAAUAGCAAAGGGGAUCACUGUGAAGAAUGCAAAGAAGGAUUUUAUCAGAGUCCUGAUGCUACUAAAGAAUGCCGCCGCUGCCCUUGUUCAGCAGUAACUUCUACAGGCAAUUGCACAAUAGAAUCUGGUGAAUUGGAGCCUACAUGUGUCCAGUGUAAAGAUGGUUACACAGGACAGAAUUGCAAUAAAUGUGAAAAUGGCUAUUACAAUUCUGACAGUAUCUGCACACAAUGUGAAUGUCAUGGCCAUGUGGACCCAACUACAACUCCAAAGAUUUGCAAGCCCGAGAGUGGUGAGUGCAUCAAUUGCCUCCAUAACACCACUGGGUUCUGGUGUGAGAACUGCCUAGAAGGUUAUAUUCGAGACCUCCAGAGAAACUGCAUCAAGCAAGAAGUUAUUGUUCCAACUCCUGAAGGUUCUACCAUUUUGGUUUCCAAUGCCUCUUUGACCACAUCAGUGCCCACCCCUGUUAUAAAUAGUACAUUUGCCCCCACAACCCUGCAAACUAUCUUUUCAGUAAGCUCUUCUGAAAACAGCACCUCAGCUCUCGCUGAUGUAUCAUGGACCCAGUUUAACAUCAUCAUUUUGACAGUCAUCAUCAUUGUGGUAGUGCUGCUAAUGGGAUUCGUAGGAGCUGUGUAUAUGUACAGAGAGUACCAAAACCGGAAACUCAAUGCUCCCUUUUGGACCAUCGAGCUAAAAGAAGACAAUAUCAGUUUCAGCAGCUACCAUGACAGCAUCCCCAAUGCAGAUGUGUCAGGACUGUUGGAGGAUGAUGGCAAUGAAGUGGCUCCCAAUGGACAGCUGACCCUGACGACACCCAUUCAUAAUUACAAAGCUUAAGGAGAUGAACUGUCCUGCUGAAUUGUCAGAACACAAUGCUCACUAAAAUGCAUCUGCCCUCCAGCCACUCAUGGCCUGAGUAGAGUUUACUGAGAAAGACAUUGUGCAAAUGAGCUGUUCAGGUACAAACUGUAGUGCGCUUAGCCUAUCUAUUGCUCUUAAUUCCCCAUGAAGAUCUGAAGCACUCAUCAUCAUUGAGGAUGUGAAGUAAAGUAUAUUUUUGUAGCAAAUACAUGUGUGUAUGGAAAGACUGAAUCCCAUACAGUAGCCCAAGUUUACCCAGCCUCUCAAAGGACUGCUGGGAAAAUGUUCAUCUCACCAGCUGUGACAGAUGUUGAUGUGGAAGGAGAACAAUAGAAGACUUCAUCUCCAUUUCGGAAACAUUUUUUUAAAAGAGAGGCAGGGAUUAUGUUCAUGUUCAUUUUACUGUACUAAACCAUGUAACUGAGGACAAGCUUGUUUCUAGGAUAUACCACACUAAACGGUCAUGGUUCUGUGUAGACUAAGGGAAGAAAAUUCCCAAGAGGGUCUGUAGAAGAGCUUGGCUUUCCUCCCACAAGUCUCCUACAAGGAUGGGAUUAAAGCACAAGAUAAGCCUCUGUGGUGAGGGCAGGUGCAGCCCCAGAGAGCAGAAAGUUGAUGAUCCUCCUCAGAGGAGGUUCCUGCUUCUAAAGAAACAAGGUGUACAUAGUUAACGUAGCAUACCUGCUCAACAUUGUACUUGUAUCUAUUUGUAAAAUAAUCAUGUCCUAUUUUAUCAUCUAGACUUUAUUUGUAUAGCAGUUAAUGGUGUUGUAAAAAGAAGAUGUGGAAAUUGGUUAAAAUACUGUAAAAUAGGUGGCAAUAUUGCUAGAGCUGGGACUCUGGUGAGCAUCAUCCAUUUUUAGUCCCUAUUUGGAUACUGUUGAAAUUUAUAAGAGGUCAAAUGUUUCUAAUAUUUCCUCUAUAAACCUAUAGUCAUAUGCUUUUUGACUUACCAUAGAUUCAAGCAAUAGAUUUGAAGUCUGUAAUUAUUAAACUGGGACACAGGCUGCAUUCUCAAGACAUUCACCUAAUUAGCCACUCUGUGUGUUUUACAUUGUUCAGUGUAAACAUCCUCAGAAAAAGACUUCUUUCCUGAAUGUAAAAGACAGUCUUCCAAAGGAUAGAAAUUUUAAAUUAAAAAAGAAAAGCCAUCACAUUACUUGGGGCCCCUCAUUUUUAUGCCCAUGAAAUAUUUAUGUGCCUCCCAUAACCUCCAAAAUAAAGGACUCUGGCAUUUGAACAUAAUCUGUCACCCACAAAUCAUGAGGUAUGUUUGGCUUCUUCAGUGCUAAAAGUCAUCCAUCUUCUUGUCUGGACAGAGGGUUCCUCUGAUUGAGUGUGCAUUUAGUCCUUGCAUUUUGAUGCCAUUUUCCCCUGAGGCCAGGUAAUGCUGCUUUCAUCUGUUAUGCAUCAACAGGUUGUAGAUUAAGCAAGUCAAGAAAGGUGGCCCAGACUACAACAUGGUUAGGGAAAAGCAAAACAAAGACUAGACCUAGGAAACUCAGACUUAACUUCCUCAGAGAAGUUUGUUCAUCCUCUGUAGGAGACCCCCACCUUUUUCUCAGGGUUUGGAAAUGACUGUAGACUAGAAGAUCCAUAGGUAACCUGAGGGUGUUCUGCAUAUGUGGCUGUCUUUAUUAAAGUAAACAUUACACCUCACUGUACUGAUAUAAUUUAUGUGAGGUUGAUUGCUCAGCUAACAGGAGUCUAUAGGUUUAAUCCCAGAAUUACAGAAUAGAACAGUAUUUUUAUUGUCCUUUGUUAUUUGCAAAACACUUUUUCCAUGUGUAUUAUUUGAUCCUUACCAUAGCCUCCUAAGGAAGUAGUCUUGUACCCAUUUUAUACAUGAAGAAACUGAGGCACAGAGAGGCUAAAUCAUUCAGGGCUAUACAACAUUUUUUGGUUGGAUUUAAUUCUCAUCUCUAUAGCAUAGCCAUCUGGCUAUAUAAUAACAUAAGUCUACUAGUCAUGGGCCCUAGAAAGCUGGAAUGAAGAGAGAGAGAGAGAGAGAGAGAGAGAGAGAGAGAGAGAGAGAGAGAGAGAGAGAGAGAGAGAGAGAGAAGAGAGAUUUAUGUGACUUGAAGGCACAAUUCUGGGCCGCAUAGCUACAAAUGACUUUAUGGAAAGAACACAUGAGGAUUUCUAUCUAAAGAUCUAAAGUCAGAAUUAAUGUUGAGAAGGGGAAACUACCAAUUAGUUCCUUAAAAUGAAUGAAUUCUUGUAAUGGGGGGGGUACUUUCCCUAGCAGGUGCUGCACAGGUGUAUAUCGACUUCAUCACGCAAUUCCAAAGCAUUGUGCACAGUAAUUACUUCCCUGAUACUCAAUCUGUUGCCAAAAAUAAAGGUAAGGAGAUCAAAACCAAACAUUUGUUAAACAUAUGUUUACCCAGUAAAGAAAUAAGGAAUGGUUGUAGGAGUCUAAGAGCCUAAGUCAAGAUUCCAGCUAAGUAGAGAUUCCUUGAAACAGAUUUUAAAUGAUAACACAGAAAUUAAACUACAAAAAAUGUUUAUCAAAUAUGGCUCCUGGGUCAUGUUAAUAUUUCACAAUGAUGAAAAAGUAUAGCUUUAAAUAACAUUAUUUAGUGGCCCCAGCACUCUGCUUGUAGAAAUAGUUUUGCUCUAAAGAUCAACCAUAAGGCAAUCAUAUCUUGAAAUUAGAGUAGAAAAUCAUUGUAAAAUACAAUGCAAGGUUUCCUUUCUCUGGAGACAUCACCAUCCAGCACCAGGCAUCCUCUGGAAAGUCUAGUGUUUGAGCAAUGUUUGUCUAAAUAUUAGUAACAUAUUCUUUUUAAAAUAUAAUACUUACAUGAACCUUACUGAGAAAUAGUCAUCAUUGCUAUGAAUGAACUGAUGCUUGCUUGCAUCUUCAUUGUCUCACUCUAGUAAGCCCUAUCCAUUUCUGAUAGGUGGAUGUUGUAGUAGAUGUCAAACAUGCCUUUGACCUCCCUAUUAAUACUGCCCUCCACACUACUUCCCAGUGCUCUCUUAUUUACAGUCUUUCCAAUUAUAGAAAAGGCAAAAGGAUAGUAAAGCUUUUAUUUAUUUGAACAUCAUGUGGACUCAGUGCAUUAUUUUUCCCAAUGAUACUUGGAUUUUAAGAGAGGACAACAGGGCAGACAUGAGCUAGGAGGUUAGGGUUUUUGUUUUGUUUCUCUUAACAAGAUUAUCUAAGUCCCAAAUCAUAUCGCUAUUUUCUAAUUCCAAUAUUUCCAGAAUCAUUAAUCAUCAAAGCAAUACUGACCUGUCAGUUAAUUUGGCUUAUCUGAUUGUCAAGUGUUGUGUUUUGAAAGAUGAUAGACAGAGCUUGACUACUGAUCAUCCUGUACUUUUUAAAUUAUUUUAUGCUUGUAAACAUAAGGAUUGAUUCUAAUUACUGUCGUUGGCUUUUUAUAUUUUGAAGUAGUAUGUAGCUAGGAGUUGAGAUUCUAUGUUUCUCAAAGAAAGCUCUCUGAAAAAUAUUCAGAAUACGUUAAAAAAAACAAACAAACAGUGCAAUCAUUAGGGCAACAAAAGUCUCAUCCACACAUGCUUGCACAUGCAUGUGAGCACAUAUGCGCACACACACACACACACACACACACACACACACACACACACCAAAAAAACAAAACAAAAACCCUUUAGUCUGUUGCUACUUUUGGCAGCAAAUGGCUUAGGAGCUGAAAUGGGUUUAGUGUCUAUGUUCAGAGUUGGGGGAGGUGAUAGAAGGUUAAUUCAUCUUUCUCUUUCACUCUGAGCCAAAGACUGUACCAUGGGAAGAAGCAAGAAAAAUAGUUAUCAGUCUGAAGAAGUCAAAUAAUAUCAAAUGGCUGAAGUUAUGUAUCAUUGAAAUGUCAGUGGUUUGAAUGAUAAUUUUUCAAAGGCAUUGGGGAUCUUUAUUACUUAUGCAUAUGCAGAAACUGCAGCAGCCCUGGAGUGAGCCCAGAGCUUCAAAUUCAAGCUAGCCCAAACUUAAGUGACUUCUACUCAACUUUUAAUGCUAGGCACAAGCACUCUAUACUCUUAAAUUUCAGCCCAACCAAUUAGGAAAUGUUUCUAAAACAUUAAACUUGUGUUGAUGUCACUAAAAUCCUAACCCAAAAUUUAAAAACAUGUCUCAUAUAUGUACUGUACUAGGUUUCAUGAUGCAUUUCUAAAUUUGUUUAUGAUUUGAAUAUAUGAAAGAAUUUAUACAAGAGUGUUAUUUAAAAUUAUUAAUAAAUGUAUAUAAUUUGUA